AUGAAAACCAAUCAAACGGACAAGCUCUUGAAUAAAAUUGAUAUAGAAAAAUGGCGCAACUACUAUGCAGAAUUACUAACAGAAAACCGACCAGAAUUCCAAUCUGCAGAAAAGGAAGACAACCUUGCGGGCACUUUAACGAUCAGCGAAAGAGAAGUACAUCUAAGUCUCAAAAAAAUGAAAACUGGACGGUCACCAGGUCCUGGUAACAUUGCAGUAGAAUUGUUAAAGUGUGGGACCGAGAAAUUGCGCUGGCGCCUGGCAGAGCUGUUCAACCAGUGCUGUCUGCAAAAUAAACUACCCCAAGAAUGGAGAGUGGCUUAUAUAGUGUCUUUAGAGUGGCUUAUAUAA